AUGGAAAUAAUUGGAUACCUUACCAGAAAUCACCGAUUCGUUCAUAUGUACGAUGAUUCGAACUGGAUCAGUUGCUCGAAGACUUCGGCGAACAACUCUCGGGAUCUAAGUACGCCAACAAAUUUCCAUGCUAUGGAUUACGGAUUCCACACUGGCUCAUUGAUUUACCGCGGUGAAUUCACUGGGAACGGACAGGAAUUAAAUUUGUGGUUGAAUAUAUCCGGUGGCACAGUUUUCGGUCAUUCGGCGUGGUUGAACGACAUAUUCCUUGGCUCAUGGACUGGAACGAGUACGAACUCCACUGCCAUUCAAGACAUACCAAUUACUAAAGAUCUUUUGACGGGAAGCAUCCAGGAGGGAGGUGAUCAAGUUUCCAAAAGGAAUCUGAACAAUGAACCAUCGGGCCAUAACCAGACUGAUACCUCUUGCAAGGUCACACGUAAGUUUGGUGGAGAAUAG